AUGGCAGCACAGGCCAAGCCAUCAGCCCUGCAGCUGAGCACCUUCACAAAGGUGACGUCCAUCCCCAGGGAGAAGAGCUACACCGACCUUCCGGUGACCGUGUGCGUGAAGGCGCCGGCGGAGAUGACGACGCUCCAUGAGCGCGUCCCCGUCGACGUCGUGGCUGUGCUCGACGUUAGCGGCAGCAUGGCCUGGGACUAUGGCAACGGCACCACCGUGGAGAACCACAGGUUGGAACGGGCGAAGGAAGCCAUGGCGAAAGCCAUCCAGACUCUGGGCAGUGGCGCCCGAAACCGCCUCGCCGUGGUGCCGUUCAGUGAUGUGGUGAAAGAUGUCACACCACUUACGUAG